UGUUCCUUUCUGCAACUCAUUUCACUUGGAGUUGAGCUCUAAUGGCAGUCAACAGUCAUAAUUCAGAAUCCAAAGGUUCGGAGCCCGAAAUCGAUGGUAACAUCCUAAUCGCUCAAGCCUUCUCUCGCGCCGGCAUCGAUUGUAUGUUCGGUGUGGUUGGCAUCCCCGUAACAUCUCUUGCGAAUCGUGCUGUCGCUCUUGGAAUCCGAUUCAUCGCUUUCCACAAUGAGCAAUCCGCAGGCUAUGCUGCCUCUGCCUACGGUUACCUUACCGGCCGUCCUGGAGUUCUCCUAACCGUCUCUGGUCCCGGCUGCGUUCAUGGACUAGCCGGUCUCUCAAACGCUGCCACCAACACUUGGCCCAUGGUCAUGAUCUCUGGAUCUUGCGAUCAGAAGGAUUUUGGUCGCGGAGAUUUUCAGGAGCUCGAUCAGAUUGCCGCUGUGAAACCCUUUUCGAAGUUCUCUGCAAAGGCUACAGAUAUUUCAGAAAUCCCUAAACACGUCUUUGAUGUCGUCGAUCAUGCUGUUUCAGGCCGGCCCGGUGGGUGUUACUUGGAUAUCCCAACAGAUGUUCUACAUCAAACAGUUUCAGAAUCCGAGGCUUCAAGGCUCUUGGAUGCGGCCGAGAGCUCUAGGGUUCCACAAGCGAUUGAAAAAUCUGUCGGAAGCCUUGAAACUGAAAUUCAGGAAGCCGUGUCUGUACUCCGAAGCGCUGAGCGGCCUCUUAUUGUGUUCGGAAAAGGUGCAGCUUAUUCUCGGGCUGACGAUGCCUUGAAGAAGUUCGUUGAUACGACAGGGAUUCCCUUCUUGCCCACUCCAAUGGGGAAGGGUUUGUUGCCUGAUACACAUGAGCUUGCUGCCACGGCUUCUCGAUCACUCGCUAUUGGUCGAUGUGAUGUAGCGCUUGUUGUGGGUGCCCGGCUUAACUGGUUGUUGCACUUCGGUGAGUCCCCGAGAUGGUCUAAGGACGUGAAAUUCAUUCUGGUCGAUGUCUCCAAGGAAGAAAUUGAGCUACGGAAACCACAUCUGGGUUUGGUUGGUGAUGCUCGACAUGUCAUGGAGUUGAUAAAUAAGGAGAUUAAGGAUGAACCUUUCUGUUUGGGGAAAUCGCAUUCUUGGGUUGAAGCGAUUUCGAAGAAGACCAAGGAGAAUGUUUCAAGGAUGGAAUUGCAGUUGGCAAAGGAUGUUGUACCAUUUAAUUUCCUUACUCCGAUGAGAAUUAUUAGGGAUGCAAUUCUGGCACAGGGAAGCCCUGCUCCGAUUGUGGUAUCGGAGGGAGCAAAUACCAUGGAUGUUGGUCGGGCUGUAUUGGUUCAGACAGAGCCUAGAACAAGGCUGGAUGCAGGGACUUGGGGAACUAUGGGUGUUGGUCUCGGUUACUGUAUUGCUGCAGCUGUGGCAUCACCGGAUCGACUGGUAGUUGCUGUUGAAGGAGACUCUGGAUUCGGAUUUAGUGCCAUGGAAGUCGAGACACUAGUGCGGUACCAGUUGCCCGUGGUUGUGGUUGUUUUUAACAAUGGUGGUGUCUAUGGUGGUGAUCGGAGGAACCCUGAAGAAAUUACUGGGCCUUACAAGGAUGAUCCUGCUCCCACCUCUUUUGUUCCUGGUGCAGCUUAUCAUACUGUAAUGGAAGCUUUUGGAGGAAAAGGAUAUCUUGUUGGGACACCAGAAGAACUCAAAUCUGCGCUUGCUGAAUCAUUUUCAGCACGAAAGCCAGCUGUAAUAAAUGUAACUAUUGAUCCCUAUGCUGGAUCAGAAAGUGGGAGGAUGCAGCAUAAGAACUGAGGUAGGCCAGUUUUUCUUUCUGAAUUUGUAUCAUCUGCUUGGGCCAGCCAAAUAGUCACUGCACGUAAAUCAUGCAAGGCGGCAUAACAGUUGCUGCUAACAACAGGCUCCCAUGGUUCUAUUUACUUAAUUCUGCUGGCACAGAAAGUAGUUGUUUGAGUAAUUCAUUGAUGGUUUUUCCCAAUGAUUUUUGUGUAAUAAUGGCGAUUUUUAAUUCAAACAAAUAAAUUUGGUUGUGAGAGCAUGUCAA